CCCGCCCCCAUGAGCCACCGAAGACGCCAGUCCACAGCAUCCGCAGCAACGCCCCGCUCAGCAAGGGAGCACUCCGCACUCAAGUCGUUCAGGAGCACCUCCAUCGCCAGCGCAACCACCAGGAUGGACGAAGACGACGACAGUGGUGGCCCACGUAGGAAUACCCGUCACCGAAAUCCGUUACCACCAACCACAGGUCCUCUCUUUCCGCCUUUACCACCCAAACAGCCGAAAAGCGCCCACAAAGAGGGAUCCAUGUCUAAAUCACCCGCAAAAGCUAUUGGCGACGCCACAGAAACUCAGGAUGACUAUAAUGAAGAACAAGAAAAGUCAGGCGGCUCGACAGCAGUGGCAGACGACGAAGAAGUGGGUGAAGAUGGUCAGGUACGAGAGGGGAAUGGCCUGCCCAGCGGCUCAAACACUAGUCUUACACCUCCUCCGACAAGUCCAGCGGCUCGUGUCGAUGUCGAUGUACCGCCCAACACUGAAACGACGUCGUUAUUACAUCAGGACCUGGAGGCUGAGCAAGUUCAAGACGACAUGGGUCAGCCCAAAUCCAUCAACGGCGGUGAUAAUGGCGGCGUUGAUAAUGACCAACCCCGCGAAGAACAAGAAAUGGAUGAAGAUGAUGUCUGGGAAACAUAUAGACGGCAUCGCGCAGUGAAAGGUUUUGUUCGCAAGGAUGACAACGUCAAGUCAGAGUUUGGCGAAAUGGAGCGCGACGACGGAGACCAUCUACUGGAUAAUCCUGUGCAUGUCAACGGGGACAAAUCGCACGACGAGCACCAGCACCAGCACAUAGAUGUUCUUCAUGAUGCCGACGAACCAGAAGACUCCAAUCACCCACCUCGCACCCGCUCGAAACCUAUCCCACGCGGCAUGUCCGCCAUCUCCGCCUCAAACGGCAAUACUCCUGCUUCUGCAUCGGGAUCCGACGCCAAUCUUGGUCGUGCGGGGUCGCGUCAGGGAAGGAGGAGAAGAGGUGAGGAGCAGUUGCUGCUUGAUGAUCAUCUUCUCCCUGCAGAAAUACGGCGCACUGCGCUUGCGGAGCGUGCCAAAAAAGAUGUCGAGAAAGACGAAGAGGAGGAAGUAGAGGUAGAAGAAGAAGAGGAAGGGGAGGAAGACGAGGAGGAGGGUGAUGGAUUAGGGGAACAAGAAGAAGAUGAGGAAGGAAGGGAUAUCACUCGUUGUGUGUGCAAACGUGAAGACAUUGAUGUGAUGAUGAUUCAAUGUGAUCAGUGCAACGUUUGGCAGCAUGGAGAGUGUAUGGGUAUAUGGGGUGACGAAGAAGCUCCAGACGAAUAUUUUUGUGAAGAAUGUAAACCCGAACGACAUCAGGCUCUGAAAAAAUGGCUACGUUCUCGAGGACGCAACACCUCACCAUUUAUUCCACCUACUCCAGAGAUCCUCGAACGUCUUCAUUCUGCCAGGGACCCUUACCCUCCGACACAAUCCAAAAGAUGGACGGAGUAUUCUAAUUCCGAACCUCUGCCGCCGAAAUUACUUGCAAGGUCUCAUCAUAAGAAACAGCAACAACAGCAACAACAGCAGCAGCAGCAAGGACAAGAGAUGUUGACCGGUACGACGGAAGGGGGUGAUGGGCGAAGGACAAGAGGAAGGCAAUCGUCAACCAGGGAAAAGCCUCCAAGUUCGGCUAGCGGUGUCGGCCAUGGAGGUACCCCAUCGACUUCCAGCAAAAAGGACGGUAAGAGGGGAGGCCGAAAACAAUCAGUGAAUGGAAUGGAGAGCGAGAACGAAUCAGAAUCUUCUCAAAACAUAGGGGCGGGAACUAGUCUUUCAGUCAAGAAGAGAAGCACCAUGAACUCGAGGGAUGCCGCGUAUGAAGAGGCCGUUAAAGCUGCGAUGGAGGCAAGCCGGAAGGAAAUGGCUCCUCAAGAGGAAGGAGAUGUUAAUUCCGAGACGAAAGAAGUAGAGGUCAAGGAGAAGGACCGAGCCAGACCUGGGAAGAGGAGAAGAAACGAGGACGAAGAAUUAGACGAAGAAGAGAAAGAAGAUGAAAAAGAUAAGCCCAAAAAAGGAAAGCGAAAGAAAGAGGAUGAGACUGAAUCUGAUCCUACAUCUGCUGGGCCUUCAAAACCCAAACACCCCAACCAAUACACUUACCGCCCUAAGCCUCCCUCAACAACCGGUCCCGCGGCUUCCCCUUCUCGUCGAUUAGGUGGCACACCAGGACCCACUACAAUCCCUACACAUCACGAGCAUGGUACACGCCGCGCUGGAGCUUUAGCCAAUGCGCCGGUGGUUUUCCAUCCUUUGUCAGAGGAAGGCGCCAGUCAGCUGAAUUGGCACCUACCUGAUUACCUGACACAGUUUAAUGACGUGCUACCUAGCGAUAGCCCUGUAGCUUUAGAAGUGCCUGCUCCGCGGGUCAUGGCGUAUUUGCCGAAGAAUCAUUUCCACAACCAGCGAUACGGUCCGUUCUCCGAGGAACGGGACGCUACCGGCAAACUUAUCCUUCCAGAUGAUCAACAGGAUCGAGAAGUAGUUGGUCACCCCACCACCCAACUCGAGCCUCCAACACGCAUCAAAUUUCCGGCCAAACGCAUUUCAGCGGGAGACGUGAAGAAGCGCGUGAGAGCAGUGUUGGAAUAUGUGGGCAAAAUGCAGGCGGACGAGGGAAAGAGGUUAAGAAGGGCAAAGACAUUGGGCAUUACUCCGGUCUCAACGGCGGCCAUCAGAUGGAAGGAAAGGCAACGAAAGGAAAGGGAACGCGAGGAAGGCGCAGGGGAUGACGAUGUGGUUAUGAGCGAAGCAUACGCGGAGGACGGACCUUUCCCAGCAGAGUUGGGAUUAGCAACAAACCAGCCUCGCUCUGCCCAUUUAAUGGCAGAACUCACAGAAAUGCUUAUUGGAUUUCAAGAAGCAUUCUCAAGCAAUGACUUUGCCGCAUUCGAGAAUGGUGCCACUGUUGGUUCUGCUCCGCCUACUCCCCAAAUACCCGACACGUCAACCGUCCCUCCCACGCCAGUUCUACCAUCACUUCAUUCAGAUCACCCUCACGGUUCAUCUGCUGGGGUGAUAUCGCGGUCGGCUGAGCGUGAAGUCGACGGCACAGAAGAGACCACAACGGAGGAAGUAGGAGCAGGUAAGGGAUUGGACGUGUACAGAGCGGGGAUCGUGAAUAAGGUUGUCACAAUUAACAGCACUGAGCGAGACGUGGUGAAAAAGGUAGAGGAAAUCACUCAGGCAUGAUGCGGGAUAUCGGGUGUUCAUGAUUUGUGUAGAAUGUACAUGGGCGUAUUAUUAUGGGUUAUAUAACUGCUAAUCAUUGUUGUUUUUGAGCAUGAACUAUGUUACGUAAGAAACAG